AAAACCCUAAAAAAAAAAAACAUAACGGAAUGGAGAAGGGCGAUAGUGUUGUUGGAGAUUACGACGUCAAGACGAAGAAGAGAGAGAAGCUUAAAUCGGUUCUGUCUCGUCUCCUUGCCGAUCCGAUUCUCGCCGACGUUCCGAGGAACCCAACACUUUUCGAUGUCGUCACUCUUGUCAGUCUGGAAAAGGGAAGCGCUAUGCGUCUCUCCGUCGUCAAGCUCGACGGCUCCUCACUGGAUGUAGCCGUCAUGAAUUCAGCUACUUUGAAAGAUCUGAAGCUUUUGAUCAAGAAGAAAGUUAACGAAAUGGAGCAAGCAAACAUGGGUCAUCGCCACAUUUCUUGGAAGCAUGUAUGGUCAAACUUUUGUCUUUCGUACAAUAAUGAGAAGCUGCUUGACGAUAAUGCUCUUCUUCAAGAUGUCGGAGUCCGGAACAAUUCUCAGGUGACCUUCAUGCCAUAUGUGAUGAAGAAGGGUCGAGGGAGACACUCCAAGAGGAAGAAGCAUCGUCUUUUUCGUUCACUCCACUAGACUUCUUGAACCACCCUUUUUUUAUAUGUUGGCUGGUGGAGUAGACAUACUGUAUAUAGUCGUCGUCUCAGCACAAUUGAGAUCAAAACCAACAUAUUCUGUGGUUAAUCUCACCUUACUCACCAGCAUCACAAUACGCAGCAAUCAACUAGUGGCAACAAAGACGCUGAUCUUGAGAACCUUACAUGGUGUAGUGAUACCAUCAACACAUGAGGGACCCGAUCUUUAUUAGAGUUGAUUUAGGAACUCCCUCUGGUUCAGUGUUUAACUCUGUGUAACUAAUCGUUGUGGUUAAGUUGUAAUUGUUGGUGGCAANAAAAAAAAAAAAAAAAAAAAAAAAAAAAGAAGGUGCUAUGUUUUCGUUAUUAAUAAAACAGGAACCUGACAGUAGAUUCAACAUUCAAUGCUACUAUAAUUUUAUUUC